CGACAGCGCCCGAACACUGCCCCCUUUCGUAGGCCAGGAUCAAGAAGAUCAUGCAGACGGACGAAGAGAUUGGGAAGGUGGCGGCGGCGGUGCCUGUCAUCAUCUCCCGGGCGCUCGAACUCUUCCUGGAGUCGCUGUUGAAGAAGGCCUGCCAGGUGACCCAGUCCCGGAACGCCAAGACCAUGACCACAUCCCACUUGAAACAGUGCAUCGAACUGGAGCAAAAGUUUGACUUCUUGAAGGACUUGGUGGCAUCCGUGCCUGACAUGCAGGGGGAUGGGGAAGACAACCACAUGGAUGGGGACAAAGGUCCUCGCAGGGGUCGGAAGCCAGGCAGCAGCGGCCGGAAAAAUGGUGGAAUGGGAAGCAAAGGCAAAGACAAGAAGUUAUCGGGGACAGACUCAGAACAGGAGGAUGAGUCUGAAGACACAGAUACUGAUGGGGAAGAAGACACACCACUGCCUCCACCCCAAGCCAGCCACCCUCCUGCCCACUUUCAGAGCCCUCCGACCCCGUUUAUGCCCUUCACCUCUCCUCUGCCUUUGCCUCCGGCACCCCCAGGCCCAUCAGCACCUGAUGCAGAGGAUGAAGAAGACUAUGAUUCCUAGCGCCUUCUGGCUGUACCCCCUUUUAGUUGGUUUUAGUUAUUCUGGGGGGAGGAGAAAGGAUGGAGUUGUUCUUAAAUUUAUUAAAAAAAAUAAUGAAAGAGCCUGUGUCUUCCCAGCCUUUGUUCAGG